GAGGCGGGGGGGGUCAGGGGAGGUUGCGGGCGGCGCAGGCGCAGUGCGGCGGCCGAGUCAGUGUGUAUGUGAGACUCUGACGGGUUCAAAAUGGCGGCGGCGGCUCCUGUAAGAGGACAAAGGCGCAGGAGAGACCUGGAGGAAGAGGAGGAAGACAGCAGCCCUGGAGUGUCCUUCUCACUCUCUUCAGAAGAGUCAGAGAUGGAGCCAGAGGAAGAAAGGAUCCGUUACAGCCAAAGACUGCGUGGCACGAUGAGGCGACGUUAUGAGGAUGAUGGCAUUUCUGAUGACGAAAUUGAAGGGAAAAGGACGUUUGACCUUGAGGAAAAACUCUCCACCAACAAGUUUAACUCCACCUUCGUGGUCUUCAUGGAAGGCAAAGACUUCACAGUUGAAUACAUCCAGCGGGGUGGCCUGAGAGACCCUCUCAUUUUCAGGAGCUCCGAUGGCCUGGGGAUAAAGAUGCCAGAUCCGGACUUCAGUGUGAACGAUGUGCGGCUGUGUGUUGGGAGUCGGCGGAUGGUGGACGUCAUGGACGUGAACACACAGAGGGACAUUGAGAUGUCUAUGGCACAGUGGGCACGCUACUAUGAAACGCCUGAGGCUGAGCGGGAGAAACUGUACAAUGUCAUCAGCCUGGAAUUCAGCCACACCAAACUGGAGAACCUGGUGCAGAGACCUGCUACGGUGGAUUUGAUUGACUGGGUUGACAAUAUGUGGCCCAGACACCUGAAGGAGAGUCAGACAGAGUCUACAAAUGCUAUCCUGGAGAUGCAGUAUCCCAAGGUGCAGAAAUACUGUCUGAUGAGCGUCAAGGGCUGCUACACAGAUUUCCAUGUGGACUUCGGUGGUACUUCUGUGUGGUACCAUAUCCACCGAGGGGGAAAGAUCUUCUGGCUGAUCCCUCCUACACCCCAGAACCUGGAGCUCUAUGAAAACUGGCUUCUCUCAGGGAAGCAAGGAGACAUCUUUCUUGGGGACAGAGUGUCAGAGUGCCAGCGAAUUGAGCUCAAACAGGGCUACACAUUUGUCAUCCCCUCAGGUUGGAUCCAUGCUGUGUACACUCCCAUGGACACACUGGUUUUUGGAGGCAACUUCUUGCACAGCUUCAACAUCCCCAUGCAGCUCCGGAUCUACAGCAUUGAAGACCGCACACGGGUCCCAAAUAAGUUUCGUUAUCCCUUCUAUUAUGAGAUGUGUUGGUACGUGCUGGAGCGCUAUGUCUACUGCAUCACCAGCCGUUCGCAUCUGACCAAGGACUUCCAGAAGGAAUCACUCAGUAUGGAUAUGGAGCUGAGCUCUUCAGACUCAGUGAACAUGGAGGAAGAGGAGGAGGAGGAAGAGGAGGAGGAGGAGGAGGAGGAUGCAGGGAAGGAACCCAGGCGACCAGUCACGAGGCGGUCUGUUCUCACCAGCCCCGUAGCCAAUGGUGCCAAUGUGGACUAUGAUGAACUGGGCAGGAGCUGCCGGAGCAGCUUGCCUAGUCUGAAGAAGACCCCAUCUAUAGACUCUUCUGACUCCAGUCGGGGUUCCCAGAACGGCCAGGCCUGGGACCCACAUGGUGGUAGCCCAAACAAAAGCAGGAAGGUUCACCUGACGCAGUUUGAGCUGGAGGGGCUGCGCUGCCUCGUGGACAAACUGGAGUCACUCCCUCUGCACAAGAAGUGUGUCCCCACCGGCAUUGAGGAUGAGGAUGCACUCAUCGCUGAUGUCAAGUUGCUGCUAGAAGAAUACGCGAACAGCGACCCCAAACUGGCACUUACAGGCAUCCCUAUCGUCCAGUGGCCCAAGAGAGAUAAGCUAAAGCUGCAGGCCCGGCUGAGGGUCCGUCUGCCCACCAUACCCAUCACCAAGCCUCACACCAUGAAGCCGACCCCCCGCCCAACACCCGUCAGGCCCACGGUCUCUCCCAUCGUGUCAGGAGCCAGGCGGAGGCGGGUGAGGUGCCGGAAAUGCAAGGCUUGCAUGCAGGGCGAGUGUGGCAUGUGCCACUAUUGCAGGGACAUGAAGAAGUUUGGUGGGCCUGGUCGUAUGAAGCAGUCCUGCGUCCUCCGACAGUGCUUAGCGCCUAGGCUGCCUCACUCGGUCACUUGUGCACUUUGUGGGGAGGUGGAUCAGAAUGAAGACUCACAGGACUUCGAGAAGAAGCUCAUGGAGUGCUGCAUCUGCAAUGAGAUCGUUCACCCUGGCUGUCUGCAGAUGGAUGGGGAAGGUCUGCUCAAUGAUGAGCUUCCCAACUGCUGGGAGUGUCCUAAGUGCUACCAGGGUGACGACGCGGAGAAGGGCCAGAAGCGGAAGGUGGAAGAGAGCGAUGAUGACACAGCACAAGCCAAGGUGCUGCGGCCUCUGCGGAGUUGUGAAGAGCCCCUGACCCCCCCACCCAACUCACCCACCCCCAUGCUGCAGCUGAUCCAUGACCCAGCAUCACCACGAGGCGUGGUGACACGCUCAUCCCCCGGAGCCGGUCCCAGCGACCACCACAGCGCCAGCAGGGAUGAGCGCUUCAAGCGACGGCAGCUGCUGAGGCUCCAGGCUACUGAGCGAACCAUGGUGCGGGAGAAAGAGAACAAUCCCAGCGGCAAGAAGGAGUUGUCAGAGGUGGAGAAGGCCAAGCUGCAUGGCUCCUACCUCACUGUGACGCUGCAGCGCCCCACCAAAGACGUCCAUGGCACUUCCAUUGUCCCUAAGCUGCAAGCUAUCACAGCCUCCUCCACCAACCUACAGCAUUCUCCCCGUGUGGUUGUGCGCCACACACCAGCCCGGAUGCCCCAGCGGGGUGGGGGGGACGAGGAGGCAGCUGCAGAGGAGGAUGAGGAGGAAGAAGAGGAGGAUGACGAGAAUGCGGAGGAGGGGGGGGCAGCCCGGCUCAAUGGCAGAGGGGGCCGGGCACAGGAGGGCGAGGAAAGCUGGAUGCAGCGUGAGGUGUGGAUGUCCGUCUUCCGCUACCUUACUCGCAGGGAGCUCUGCGAGUGCAUGCGGGUGUGCAAGACCUGGUACAAAUGGUGCUGUGACAAGAGAUUGUGGACAAAGAUAGAUUUGAGCAGGUGCAAGUCCAUCACCCCUCAGGCACUGAGUGGUAUCAUCAAAAGACAGCCGGUCAGCCUCGACCUCAGUUGGACCAAUAUCUCCAAAAAGCAGCUCACAUGGCUUGUCAACAGGCUGCCAGGCCUGAAAGACCUCAUCUUAGCGGGCUGUUCCUGGUCUGCGGUCUGUGCUCUCAGUACCUCCAGCUGCCCCCUUCUCAGGACCCUCGAUCUUCGGUGGGCAGUAGGAAUCAAGGACCCUCAGAUCCGGGACUUGCUCACGCCUCCAACAGACAAACCCAGUCAGGACAAUCGCAGCAAACUCCGCAACAUGAUUGACUUCAGGCUAGCUGGCCUGGACAUCACUGACGCCACGCUGCGGCUCAUCAUCCGCCAUAUGCCCCUGCUCUCCCGCCUUGACCUCAGCCACUGCAACCAUCUUACGGACCAGUCAGCCAACCUCCUGACAGCUGUGGGCUCUUCCACACGCAACUCCCUCACGGAGCUCAACAUGGCAGGCUGCAAUAAGCUGACAGAUCAGGCCCUGCUGUACCUGCGACGUAUCUCCAAUGUCACUCUAAUCGACCUGCGAGGUUGCAAACAGAUCACCCGCAAAGCCUGUGAGCACUUCAUCUCGGACCUGUCCAUCAACAGCCUCUACUGCCUAUCUGAUGAGAAGCUGAUCCAAAAAAUCAGCUAGAGACCCCCUUUCCAGGCAGACUGAGGAGAAGGAAAAAAGCCCAUCCCACCCCUCUCGGAGAGCCGCUCCUCCGCAUUCCCACCCUGCCCUCCGUGUCCUGCUGCUGCCUCCCACACAACUCGGCAGGCAGGGCCACUGCUGGCCUCGUUCCGCCGUCCUUCCUCCUCCUCCCCCUGGGACUUCCACUGAUGAAGAUGUCCCACCAGGCUGGCCAGUACCAGAGGAGGAACAGGCAAAUGGCGGGGAGCCCCAUCUUGGAGGCUGGCCGCUCUUAAGGCGGAGGUUGUAAUGGAGAUCUCUGUGCAGAGAAGUGGGGCACCCUUUUCCCCCUGCUUUUCCCCUCCUCCCCAUCUCCUCCUUGCCUUGAAACACUUGUCACUUCCCUGUUAGCACAAGCUUGAGGGUAAAGGUCUCUCCAAGGAAGAAGGAGCAGAGCUGGAACAAAAUGUACCCCUUCAUGCAACCACCAGCUCAUUGCUUGCCCUGCUCUGUCAGUCCCGCCCCAUCCCCCCAAUGGUUUUCCUCAUCUGGCUGCAGGGGCUGUGAUCGAAUCCCCUCCUUCUCCCACUGCUCUUGUGCACCUGGGCGGCUCUUUCAGUGUUGAGGGCAGGAGCCCUGCAGCUGGGAUAUCCACAAGUUCUCCUGGCCACACAGCUAGCACGAGUGGGCCAGGAGCAGGGUGGCUUUGUGGCAUGUUUUUCCCCUUGCCGGGGAGACAAGGCUGGGGGAUGCUGCACUUUCAGCCAGCCUUCUCGGAGCAUCACGUGUCCCAGUGCACCCUGUGGCGAUGACCGGGGCUGGGCACCAACAGGGAGCAGGGGAGAAACCACAGGUACAUCAGAGCUCAGGGAGGACCCGGAAAGCAUCAGCUGGGGGUGAGUGAGCAAGUGGAGGGACAGGAGUUGACUCCUCUUCCUUCCCAGCUCCCUGCGCGUGGCAUAGCAUCAUGAAGCACUCUGGGGCUGCGACGGCCAGAAGGGCAAAGGCGGCUCUGUCUCUGCCCAGGUCUCUUUGACCUGGGAGCCUAACUGGCGUAAAUGCCCCACCCCACUGUCCUCUCCUUUCCCCCACCCCCUUUUAGCUGCCAUUUUUUCCUUUGCAAUGAAUGGUCGGUCCAAAGAACCUCUCUCUAGGGCAGCAGAGAGCUUUUUGCACUUUAAAAAAAAAACAAAAAAAAAACAAAAAAAUCAAAAAAAAAAGGCAAGAAAAGAAAAAAGGUUGGAAUCUUCUUUUGGGUCACUAUUUUAUUUCCCUCCCUGUUCUGCCUGUGACCAGAUGCUCCCCAUCUCUUCCCCAGUGUCCGAGCGCCUGGCAGCAACUGCACACCGUGCUCACCCCCAGCCUGGCCCGGCCCUCCCUCGCAAUGCAUACAGAUAGCACAAACCAGCCCACCGUGUGCCACUGGUUCCUGAGCCCCAGAGAAAGGACCGCUGAGGGGCUGGGAAGCCUCAGUGGAGGCCAGCCCAUGUGUCAUCUCGCUGCUUCUAAAGCAAUAAGGGAGGAGAGAGUGUCUGCAGCCCCUCUGGCUCUGCCAAGGGAUCUGGCACAGGAUUUAUGCCCAGGUGUUGGGCAAGAUGCCUUUGCUCUCCCAGGUCGAGGGGUUGGUCCGCGCUUUCUUCCUUCCCCAGCGAGAGCCUGCUCCAGCACUGCGAGGUGAAGGGAGAUACAAGUGUGAUGAUUUCUGCAGUGCCUCGGUACAUGGGAGUUUUGCUGCAAUGAAUCUGGAGGGCUUCGAGCAGAAAAUUACCCACAAGACUAAGAGCGAGAGUGCCAGCCCCUCCACUCAUGGCUGGGUGGUGGAAGCCUUCUGCCUUAGUCUCUCUUGGUGGCUCCUGUGAAAGACAGAAGAAAAAUCAAAGUUUUGAUGGGUUUUUUUUGUUUGUUUGUUUUUCUUUUUUUUCCUUUGGCUUGAUUUGAGUUUCACAACAAGAAAGAAAAAAGCUUGGGGUAAAGUUUAGCAGGAGCUGGGAAGGCAGCUGGCCUUGGGGCCUGUGCCAGCCCUGGGGCUUCCCUGGCUGGGCGGGCAUCAGGGGCUUCCUCCGGCAGGAAAACGAGCAUCUCCCUGUACUUACACACAUGUUCAGCACCGAGUGAAAGCAGCCCCUCACUACAGGGUGGCACGGGGAGGCAGGUGAGCUGAGCUGAGCUGGGGAGGGACAGGGUGCCUGGGGUGGUGAGCCUUCGGCUGGCUUCCAGCCAUCCCCUGCGGGUUCCCCCCCACCUCGUCUGGGGCUUCAGAGACUCGAAAUCGAAGUGCGACCCUUGUAACCACCUAACUGGCCACCUCAGCCCCUUUGGUGGGUGAGAGGUGAAACUUCACAAGGAAAGAAGAAGAAAAAAAAAAGAAUUAUAUAUAUAUAAAAAUCACUUAGUGAUUUAAAAACAACCCAGACUGCUCCCUAAAGACAACUCCUGCAAGAGAAGUCACUAUUGUUUAAGGGUUUGGUUGUGUUUUUGUUUCGUUUCAAUUCCCCCCUCCCUCCCCCCGGAGAAAUAUUGUAAAUAUAUAUUUUUUGUUGGCGAUUUAGAGUCCAUCUCUGAUGUUUGUGCUUUAAAAUUAAAUGUAAGCAUUAAGGGUAAAAGCAAA